GACGUAUAAUCUAGUGGACGGGACGCUCCUUCAGCAACAACAGCUAGUCAGACACCUCGAUAGGUUUCUAGCAAACACAGCUUCAACAUUCACUCUCUUUACACUGUUUUGGUGUAUAUUAGUCGCUGUGUAUUAAACACACUUCUGUCGUAUGUACUUGUUGGCCCAUUUAAUUAUAUAUUUACGUUGUUUGUCAGCUAGCUGGUUUGCUAAGUUAGCUUAGAACUAGGCUAGUCGCUAAUGCUAGCUAGCUAACAUCCCCGACCAUGAGUUCACUAAGCUACUCUCCUCCUGAUAAAGAAGAGGCGGUCUGCUGGACGGAGGAGGAAACUCGUGUGAAAGAGGAGGAGGAAGAGGAGGCUGUUACAGUACAAAAACAAGAAGAGGGUGAGGCUGUUACCGUGAAAGAAGAAGAGAAAGACGUUUCAGUGAAAGAAGAGGAAGAUACGUUCAGAGUGAAAGAGGAGGAGGAUGUUACAGUAAAAGAAGAGGAGGGGGAAGAGAAGGAUGUUACAAUACAAAAACAAGUAGAGGGUGAGGCUGUUACCGUGAAAGAAGAAGAGAAAGACGUUUCAGUGAAAGAAGAGGAAGAUGCUUUCAGAGUGAAAGAGGAGGAGGAUGUUACAGUGAAGGAAGAGAAAGAGGAUGUAGUUUAUGGAGUGAAAGAGGAGGAGGGGGAGAUUACUGUCACAUUGGAGGAAGAAGAGGAGGUUGGAGAUCUGUUUAACACCAGAGAGAGACGUGACUAUUGUGGAUCCUCUGCGGAGCCUCAACAACCUCAUGAUGCUGACGAGGCAGAGAAGAGUCUCUCCAGAUCAGAACACCUCAAGAAACACCUGCAGAGAUCCACAGGAAAGAGAACUCACUGCUGCUCCGACCAUGGGAAGAGAUUCACCUCCUCAUCAGGCAUUCAUCAGAGAAUCCACACGGGAGAGAAAUAUUUUAGCUGUACUCAAUGUGGGAUGAGUUUUACUACAUCUAGCCAUCUUAUUGUACACCAGAGAACACACACAGGAGAAAAACCUUAUAUCUGUGAUCAAUGUGGGAAGCGUUUUGUUCAAUCUAGUGAUCUGACAGUGCACCAGAGAAUACACACAGGAGAGAAACCCUAUAGCUGUGAUCAAUGUGGGAAGAGUUUUAUUACAUCUAACAUUCUGACUCGACACCAGAGAAGACACACAGGAGAGAAACCUUAUAGCUGUGGUCAAUGUGGGAAGAGUUUUACUGAAUCUAGCAAUCUGACUCUACACCAGAGAACACACACAGGAGAGAAACCUUAUAACUGUGGUCAAUGUGGGAAGAGUUUUACUACAUCUAGUCAUCUGACUGUACACCAGAGAACACACACAGGAGAGAAACCUUAUAGCUGUGGUCAAUGUGGGAAGAGUUUUGGUCAAUCUGGCCAUCUGACAGUGCACCAAAGAAGACACACAGAAGAGAAACCCUAUAGCUGUGAUCAAUGUGGGAAGAGUUUUAUUACAUCUAACAUUCUGACUCGACACCAGAGAACACACACAGGAGAGAAACUUCAUAGCUGUGACCAGAGAUAAUCUGAUAAAAGAUCUCUGAUCAAAUAUCAGAAAAUACAUGAAGGAGUUGUUUCAUGAUAUCAAUGAAUUAAUGUCUCAAUGUAGAAUGUUUUAACAUUGUAGUAGGAGUAUUUUAAUAAUGUCACAAUGUAGAAGCCUAAACGUUUGCCCCCUUAUCAAUUGAUUUCAGCAUGAUAUGGAUAU